GCAGCAUGCGGCCCCCGGCCGAGCCCCGCCGCUCCGCUCCGCUGCUCCUCGUCCUGCUCACGAACUUUGUGCUGUCCUUUGGAAAGGAGACAUUACAGACAACGGCAGUUACUCCACAGUUUCAGAAGAAUGUGGAUUAUGUAGAUUUUAUCUAUUUAAACAUUUUAGAAAAGAAAGUUCUUAACAAUUCUGAGGUUUCAGUUCAAUAUUUAUGUUCUAAACCUUGUAUUGUCAGUUUAGAAGCAGUAGCUUCCUCCGAGUUCAGGACUGGUGUGCCAGUGUAUAGAAGGAGAUGGAAGGAUGAGAAGAACCUUUAUGUUAGCAGAACUCGACAAGUACACUUGAAAUUUCCAAGCAUCAUGGUUUACAGAGAUGAUUAUAUCAUCAGAAACUCAAUAAUAGUGCACAGUGUGAUACUGUACGCAUGGAUUAGCCACAGAUCAGCUAGCAACUAUGGUGAUGAGCAGAAUGAAGACUACCAGGCUGCAGUUGCCAAGAAUUACACAUUUUUAGAGGCAGUUCCACCCUUUGAACGGCCAUAUAAGGACCACAAAGUUUGUCUUCAGUGGGGUGCUGACUAUUUGUGGAUGCUCCAGGCCAAUAGGAUACCUCAGUGCCCUCAUGAAACUGAUGGUGUCCAGGUUCUCGAAUUUAUAUAUGCUUCCAGUGGGGAAAAAACAGGAAUUGUGAAGAAAUUUGAACAGUUUGAAAACAGAGAACUUGAGACAGUCAGACAACACCAGGUUGAUUAUCCCAUGUUCACCAUUUCAAUCUGGCUAUAUCUACUCCAUCACUGUGAAAAGGACCUGUGUGGUAUACUCUAUUUUAUUGAUUCCAAAGAAAUGUAUGGUACUCCUGCUGUAUUUCUAAAUGAGGAAGGUUAUGUGCAUAUUCAGAUGCAUCUCAUGAGAGGGGAUGACCUUGCAGUGAAAACUAGCUUCAGCCUUCCUCUGAAGCAGUGGUUUCGACUGGAUCUCUCCUUUAAGGGUGGACAGAUUGAAGUAAGCAGUGUUGGGAAGAAUUUGAAAAGACAUCAUCAUCAAUCUUUUACUUUUAGGGAAGAUUUCUAUUAUGAUGACACUGCUGGAUACUUUGUUCUUGGGGGCAGUGGGUACGUAAAUGGUAUUGAAGCCUUCUUUGGACCUGUGAAAUACUAUCGCCUCAAUGUGCUGGAAACAGAACAGAUUUCUAAUCCUCUUCAUGACAAGGACACAGUGGAACAAAUUGAGCUUUACUACGAGAGAUGUAUGGACAUUCAAGAAAUAGUUUAUGAUUACAGAUAUAUUGUAAGGCAAGGCGAAAAAACACACAGAAGUUGUUACUAUGAAAACUAUUAUUUGGAGCAGAUUCACAAAUAUGGAGAAAAAUCCAAAUGUGAUGCUUUCAUGUGGGGAAAAGAGCUCAGGGAAAAGUACCACACUUUGUUCAAACUGUUACAAGAGAUGGAUUUCAGUAGUCCAGAUGAAGAUGGAAGUGAUACAGUUGUAGAAGUUGGCCGAAGGAUAUUUGAGAAGGUUGUGAAAGGUCUGUCCAGUGCCAAUGGCCUCAGCAAUUUGGGCUCCUCUGUCCCUCUCCUGGUGGAUUCCAGUUGUUGUGGAUACCAUAAGGCUUCCUAUUUCCUUGCAGUUAUAUUUGAAACAGGCCUUGGGGUGCCUGUGGAUCGUAUAAAGGGACUGCUAUAUAGUUUGGUUGGUGCUCAGGGGAACGAGAGACUUUCUGUGAUGAAUCUUGGCUAUAAACAUUACCAAGGGAUUAAUAACUAUCCACUUGAUUUGGAGCUGUCUUAUGCUUAUUACAGCAAUAUUGCAAUAAAGACAUCCCUGGAUCAACACAAUAUAAAAGGGGAACAGGCAUUUGUUGAAACUAUAAGACUGAUGGAUGAUGAACUGCUAAAAGCUCAAACAAAAGAAAAUGGUGAUGUCUUUAUGUGGUUAAAACAUGAAGCAACAAGAGGAAAUGCAGCUGCACAGCAACGUCUGGCUCAGAUGCUGUUUUGGGGCCAGCAAGGAGUGGCAAAAAAUCCUGAAGCUGCAAUAGAAUGGUAUGCAAAGGGUGCAAUAGAAACAGAAGAUCCAGUGUUGAUAUAUGAUUACGCCAUUGUGUUGUUUAAGGGUCAAGGUGUGAAAAAGAAUAUAAAACUUGCAUUGGAGUUGAUGAAGAAAGCAGCAGCCAAGGGCUUGCCCCAGGCAGUGAAUGGAUUAGGAUGGUAUUACCACAAUUUUAAAAGAGACUACAAAAAAGCAGCCAAGCACUGGUUAAUUGCUGAAGAAUUGGGAAAUCCAGAUGCAUCAUACAACCUUGGUGUCCUGUAUUUGGAUGGCAUUUACCCUGGAGUACCUGGUAGAAAUCAAACAGUUGCUGCACGCUAUUUCUAUAAAGCUGCCCAAGGAGGACACAUUGAAGGGACUCUGCGAUGCUCUCUGUAUUACAUCACAGGAAAUAUGGAAGACUUCCCUAGAGAUCCAGAAAAAGCUGUAAUCUGGGCAAAACACAUUGCAGAGAAAAAUGGCUACUUGGGUCAUGUAAUCAGAAAAGCUCUCAAUGCUUAUCUGGAGCUUUCAUGGCAUGAAGCUCUGCUGCAUUACAUUUUAGCAGCUGAAACUGGGAUUGAAGUGUCACAGUCAAAUUUAGCACACAUCUGUGAAGAAAGACCAGACCUAGCAAGAAAAUACCUAGCAACUGAUUGUGUCUGGAGAUACUACAAUUUCUCAGUUUCUCAAGUCAAUGCUCCAUCAUUUGCUUAUUUGAAGAUGGGAGAUUUUUACUACUAUGGCUACCAGAACCAGUCUAGAGACUUGGAGCUGUCCAUGAGGAUGUAUGCCCAGGCUGCCUUGGAGGGGGAUUCACAGGGUUUCUUCAAUUUGGCCCUUGUCAUGGAAGAGGGCAACUCCAUACCUUCCUACAUUCUGGAUCACUUGGAAAUUGAUCAAGCAUUGCAUUCUAGUAAUACAUCACUUCUUCAGGAGCUCUAUUACAGGUGCUGGAAUAAUAGUAACCAAGAAACAAUUAGCCCAUGUUCAUUAGCAUUGCUUUAUUUUUACAUGAGAGUUCUCUGGAACAAUGUUUUACACUCUACUCUGAUCUACUUCAUGGGAACCUUUCUUUUAUCGAUUCUUGUUGCAUUUGCAGUGCAGUCUUUUCAGUCCUUGUCUGGGAAUGACAGUGAGGAUGCUACCAGAGCAGUACAGCAAGAUGAACCUACUCUUUCAAAUGAUUUAUCACAGCAGGAGUCAAACCCUCAGAGUCCUCUAGUCACCAGCUGAAGUGCAGUUGUCUUAAGGUUGACAUCCAUUGGGAAGACAGGAUAUGAACAACUACGAAUCUAAGAACUGGCAACCAACCCUGUACAUGGCAUUAAUAAUGCAGUCCAACAGCUGAAGUUGUAGGGAAGUUCACUGAUCUGACUUCUCCACUACAGAGGAAAACCAUCCCUAUAAUUUAUUUAACUCCAAACAGAUGAUGCAGAUUAUCUCACUAUACCCAACACAUGAUCGUACUGUAUGUCAUGGAAGGACUUGGAAGGAAGCCUGCAAAGUCUGUGCCUAAUUGAAAAAUAAGCAAACAUCCCACAGGUUUUAGUGAGGUUUUACUUACAUGUCUAAUCUCUUACUAAAUUGCUUUUACUGCAUUUGAGCUUAUUUAUUGGUGAAAUUAGCAAAGUUUUCCAAGUCUGAAUCACUGAAAUUACGUAAAAGCGAAACCCAGUCACCAAUACUUUCCAAGUUCCAUGGAAACCUGUCAGGACUCCAGUAUAUGCAAUAGUAAAAAUGUGGUUUUUGGCAUUUUAUAUUCCAUGCUGAUUUUUCAAUGUGAAAAGUGUUUUGUUUUGAAAGAAAAAGCACCAGGAAUAUUUGCAAUAUCUUCAUAACAUAUUAGUUAUUGCUGACUUUUAGUCACAGUUUUACAAGCAUCCACAUUUUCUGGUGGACACAACAAAAUGUUUCUCUUCCUGCCAAGAGCCACUGAUUAGAGAAAGGAGCUCCCCAGUGAAAAAAUAAAAGAAUAUUCAAGUGUGAUCAGGUGACACAAAGUGAAAAAAAAAUUAUUUUUGUAUUCUUCUGUAGAUAACACUGGCAAGGAUUUAUUUCAUGUUCUGUAAUGACUCUAAAAGACAUAUUUAAGUGACAGUGUAUUUGAUAAAUGUUGGAUGGGACAUACAGAUAACAUUUAUGGAGUGCAAAUACCUUCUGUCUGAUUUAAUGUUCUCUGUAAAGUGGCUGUAGGAAGGGUCUAACCUUUACAGCAGGUGUGCAGUCACCUCUGCAAAAUGAUGUAGAUCUCAGUCUAUAAAUUGCAUCAAUCUAUGCAUUAUUGAGGGUUAAAUCCACUUGCCUUGCACUACAUUAUUUACUCUUGUAAAUAAAAAUAUUUUUUUAAUUCA